AUGGAGAGGACCUUCAAACCUACAGACGUGGCACACGCCUGCACUUGUUCUGAUAUGAGACAGCAAGGAAUUGAACUCUCGAAACGGAAUAAUGUUUUCCUGAAAUACCCAUUACCUCCUCCGUCUCCGCCGCCGCCUCCUCCUCAAUCCAAGAAAAUCAGCUGCCUCCGAUCUCAACGAUGCUAUGAUCUUUGCACAAUCGACGGCCCAACUGUUUUGGACCCUAUCAACUCCACAUUCUACCUUUUGGACCCCACAAACUCAACAACCGUGGAGAAAAUCAGGCCUUACCCAAGAAAGUGGGAAAAGCCAGUGAUGCGAGGAAUACAAGAGUUCACUCUAAUUUCAGGCCCUAAAAGCCCAUCAUGUGAAGCCCAGCACAGCGUUCCGGCAAUUGUUUUCAGCGCGGUAGGUUACACUGGAAACUUCUUUCAUGAUUUCAAUGAUGGGUUCAUUCCCCUCUUCAUCACCGUUAAUUCGGUCUUCCACCAGAGUCAAGAUUUCAUCCUUGUAAUAUCAGAAGCUCAGGAUUGGUGGAUUAGUAAGUACGGAGAUUUGCUACAUGCUUUUAGCAAGCACGCUAUUAUAAUUCCUGAUAAAGACAACUCCACUCAUUGUUUCCCGUCUGCCACUUUAGGCCUCAUAUCACAUGGAUUUAUGACUAUAGAUCCAAAAUUAAUGCCAAAAUCACAAACUUUCGCCCAUUUUCGUACCUUCUUAGAUAAGGCCUAUGACCAUGGCCAAAACCAUCCCUGGAAGUGCAAUUCGCCAGAACCGAGGCCACGACUGGUGCUGACGACUCGAAGCGGAGGUGUUGGACGUGUUAUUUUAAACCAAAACCAAGUAAAACAAUUAGCUGAAGAAAUUGGUUUUGAUGUGAUUAUUUUUGAGCCUAUACCUCAGACCCCAUUGGACCAAGCUUAUGCACUGAUUAACUCGAGUCAUGCAAUGGUUGGCGUACAUGGUGCCGGACUUACGCAUUCAUUGUUUCUUCGGCCAGGCCGAGUGUUCAUUCAAGUGGUUCCGAUAGGGGCUGAUUGGGUGGCAGAGGUGUGCUUUGCAAAUUCAGCUAGGGCUAUGGGAUUAGAGUACUUGGAGUACAAGAUUGGAGCGGAGGAGAGCAGUUUGAUCGACAAGUACGAUAAAAAUAGCUUACUGAUGAAGGACCCAGCGACUUUCCGAGGUGAAAAUUGGUCUAGUGCUAUUAUGGACAUAUAUCUGAAAGAACAAAACGUUAGAAUUGAUCUGAUUAGGUUUAGGGAAUAUUUGAAGGAAGCAUAUGAGAAGACCAAGAAGUUUAUGGAAAAUGAGGGCUAG